AUGGCGAGCUGGAUUACUGUAAUUUUCCUGCUAAUUGGUUGCUUUUCAAGUAAGCGAGUUUUUUACUUUUGAAAAAAAAAAUACAAGGUAAACCCUUCAGAUUUUCACAAAACUUUUAAAAACAUAAAUAUAAAUUAAUUUUUUCUAACAAGGGAAGUACUGCAAAUGCGACGCUCAGAUUUUCUUUAAAUUUUGCACACACGUCGGGUAUGGACUAAAUAUCAAUUCCUGAAAGUUUUAGCUCGCGCUUUGCGGGCGCCGCCGAGAUAUCGAACGAUUUUUGUCGCCGAGAGAGCACGCUAAACAUGGAUAGCGGUCAGAGAGAAAAACGCUUUUUGGCCAUAACUUUGGCGGUUUCGUGUGGAAAAAAUUGAUUUUUUGUGGAAACAUUAACCUCUAUAGUAGAAAUAGGUAUGAAACUUUUCGUGCCCAAAUUCGGCAAAAAGUCCUAAAUUUUCGCCAACUUUCAAUCUAAAAAUCUCGGUUGUUUCUGCAAAGCGCGAGCUAGGAUUCUCGCAUAUUUCUUAGAAAAAAUCAUUCUAAAUUUGUGCCAAGUCUCAUCAAAAUCUGAGCGUCGCACUUGGAGUACUUUCCCUGUAAGAUAUAAGCGACCGGAAUAGACCCUUCGCUGCCGGUUUUUUACACUUCGUCUUGAUUUCACAGAGAAGUCGGAGAAAAAGACGCGCAAACCCGUACUCUCUCGCCCUCAAAAAUCCCCAUUUCUUCCCCCAAUAAAAGUUUUUUCGAGUCUUUUUUGGCGCAUUGCCAACCUAUUUACCGGACCGUUUUAGCCUAUCUCAGUUUGACGUGUACCAUUCCGUUAAGAUUAAGAGCAGUUCUAAAAAUUGCCCAUUUUGCACUAUUCCUUCUAUUAUAAAUAUAUAUUAUAUUACGGUAGAUAUAUGUAAUAUUUUUGUCAUGUUCCAAGAUCAACCAUAAAUUUUGUUGUUUUUGAAGAUUUUAUUGACAUUUAAAUAUUAUAUAUGACUAUUCCAGCCAUCUCGCAGGCUAUUUGGUGCCUUCAAGGGGGCGUUGAAUACACUCCGAUCCAGUGUGCUCCAGAAGUCGUGGAAUGUUUUCGGUUUGAAUGUCUAGGAGAGGAUGCGGCCGAAUUUGUCGCCAGAGGCUGUGGAUUGCCCGGAGGGCAUUCCAGGCGGAACGAAAGUUGCCAGCAGGUAAUUUUUUUAUUUUUUUACCUUAUCUCAAAAUUUUUUUUUUUUUUUUUUUUUUUUUUUAUAAAAAGUGAGACAAAGAAAACCGUAUUUUACAUUUAAAAUUACAUUACUAUUUUGACUUAAAAAUUUUUUUUAACCGACAAAAAAAAUGUUUUUUAACCACUUUUUGCCUCUGAAAAUAUCAAUUUCCCAUCUAAAAUCAACUUUUUCAGGCCAAAUCCGUUUGUUCCAGCUUCGGAGAAGAAGGAAAAUGCGAGAUUUGCUCCGAGAAACACAUGUGUAACUCUUCCCACAGUCUUUUCUCAAGUCUGGAACCAAUUUUCCUAUUGAUUUUGGGGCUUUUUCCAUGUGUAUUUCAAUAA